UUCUCACUAGGGUUCGAAUUUUCCAACUGUUCAAAGAUGAUGUACAAUGAUCCUCAGCAACAACAACAGCAGCAGCAGCAGCAACAACCACCACCAAUGUAUCAGCAACACCCACCACCACCGCCUCCGCAACAGCAAAUGAUGCAGCAGCACCCACAUCACCAGCACCACCACCAACAGCCGCCGCCACAUCAAUUCCACCAGCCGCAACAAAUGGGAGAGUUUCAGAGGGGUCCGCCGCAACAGCAGCAUCAGCAACCGCCACCGCCACCGCAGAUGAUGCGUCAGCCUUCUGCUUCUUCCACAACGCUUGGUGGUCCUCCAGAGUAUCACCAACAGCUUAAUCAUCCCCCUUUCGACGAUAACUUUGCUGCUAAAAGAAUGAGAAAAAUUGGACAACGAAGAGCUGUUGAUUAUACAAGUACUGUUGUGCGAUAUAUGCAGACACGUUUAUGGCAACGAGAUUCACGUGACAGAACAGUAUUACAACCAACCCCUGCUGCAGCAAUCGAUAUGUUACCAACAGUUGCCUAUUCAGAUAAUCCAUCAACCAGCUUUGCAUCCAAGUUUGUUCAUACAUCACUCAACAAAAACCGCUGCUCAAUCAAUCGUGUGCUGUGGACGCCUACAGGUAGGCGACUUAUAACAGGUUCACACAGUGGAGAAUUCACUUUAUGGAAUGGUCAAUCUUUCAAUUUUGAAAUGAUUCUUCAGGCUCAUGAUCAACCAAUCAGGUCUAUGGUAUGGAGUUACAAUGACAAUUGGAUGGUUACUGGUGAUGAUGGAGGCUCUAUAAAGUAUUGGCAAAACAACAUGAACAAUGUAAAGGCCAAUAAAUCUGCACAUAAGGAAUCUGUUCGUGAUCUAAGCUUUUGUAGAACAGAUUUAAAGUUCUGUUCUUGCUCUGAUGACACAACUGUUAAAGUUUGGGACUUUGCUCGAUGCCAAGAAGAACGUUCUUUAUCCGGCCAUGGUUGGGAUGUGAAGAGUGUUGACUGGCACCCUACCAAGUCUUUACUCGUUUCUGGUGGGAAAGAUAAUCUUGUGAAGCUUUGGGAUGCUAAAUCAGGGAAAGAGCUAUGUUCAUUUCAUGGGCACAAGAAUACUGUUCUUUGUGUCAAAUGGAAUCAAAAUGGUAAUUGGGUGUUAACUGCUUCUAAGGAUCAAAUAAUCAAGCUAUAUGACAUUAGGGCUAUGAAAGAGCUUCAAUCUUUUCGUGGUCAUCGGAAAGAUGUCACUGCUCUGGCUUGGCAUCCAUUUCAUGAGGAGUAUUUUGUGAGUGGGAGUUUUGAUGGAUCAAUCUAUCACUGGCUAGUGGGGCAUGAAACUCCACAAGUGGAAAUUCAAAAUGCACACGAUAGCUGUGUGUGGGACCUCGCGUGGCAUCCCAUUGGGUAUCUCCUUUGCAGUGGAAGCAGUGAUAAUACUACAAAAUUUUGGUCUAGAAAUAGGCCUGGGGAUCCAGCUCGUGAUAAAUUCAAUGUGGGUCAUAAUCAAGGUUUCAACGAACAAAACCCUGCUCAUGGUGGCCGUAUGGCAGUCAAUUUUGCGGGACCCGAACCGCCAACAACUCCGGGACCAUUUGGUGGAUUAAACCGGAAUGAAGGAACCAUCCCCGGAAUCGGAAUCGCAAUGCCAUUAUCUCUAGACACAUCAUCAGACCAAAAACCACCCAUAUCAUCCUCAAUGCCGCUAGGAGCACCACCACCAUUGCCGCCAGGUCCCCACCCAUCUCUUUUCGUCAAUCAACAACAACAACAACCACCACCCCAACACCACCACCACCACCAACCACCACAUCAACAACAAAUGACAUCCUUACCCCCACCAAAUAUGCAACCGCUUCAACAUCCAAACCAUAUGCCGCUCCUUCCGCAUCCUCAUUUGCCCCGCCCACCUCCCCAAUUGCCGCCACAUAACAUGCCCGGAAAUUUACAGUCUCCAAUCAUGCAUGGUCAAAUGGGAGCAAUGAAUCAGAUGGGUCCCCCAAUGCAGCAAGGCCAUUUCAUGGGCAUGAAUCCUAUGCAGCAAGGCCCACCGAGUGGGGGUGGGACCCAGAUGUAUUCAUCAGGGGCUACAUUUAAUCGCCCUCCAAUGCCAGGGCUAGGUCCUUAUCAGCCUGGGAAUCCAAGUGGUGGCGGAAUGGGAACAGUGCCACCUAAUUUCGGUAUGCCUCCACCCCUGCCACCUGGCCCACCGCCACAUGGACAAACACCUCAGUAGGACUUUUUGUACAUCUCAUUAACUUUGUUCCUUUUACUCAAUUCUAUGUUUUUUGUUUUUAUUCUGUCUCGGAUUCUUUUUUGGUUGGUUAUGUAAAAGUGGUGGAAUGAUAGUAUAUUAUUAUGAUUUUCAAGUGUACUUUAAAUUAAAAUGACAGUUGUAGAUUUGAUUUAAUGAACUCUAUGAUUCAUAACGUUUUUCUCUUUUCAUGUGGCCCAGAUUCACAAUCGUGAAUAUAGGGAAACGUUAAGCGAGAAAUUCGUUUAUGCUCGUUUAUUUAAUAAAUGAACAAACUUGAAC